AUUUUCCUUUCAGCAUUCAAAGCCGUGUUCUCAAAUCUCAAAGCCGCUGGAAGAUAUGGUCCAACAUCGCUCGGAAGUUGCUACGCAGGUCAUGAUCAUGACGGACAAGUUGCUUUGUCCAGCGGUAUUCAACAGUGGACUGUACCGUACACUGGUGAUUACAGAAUAGAAGCAAUAGGAGCAGCUGGAGGGUACGAUCUACGGAUUAACAGCCCUCACUACCGCGGAAGAGGAGCAAGAAUCAUUGGAACAUUCCGCUUAAACAAGAGUGAAGUCAUCCAGGUACUUGUAGGUCAAGAAGGAGGAAUAAACAAGCAGAGGAAGUCUUCUGGAGGUGGUGGAGGUACAUUUGUAGUGAGAGGAGCCAACACACCUUUGAUAAUAGCUGGAGGCGGAGGAGGGGUAGCACGUUUAUAUUCAAGACAUACAGAAUGUGACGCCAGCUCAAACACGACAGGGAAUCCUGGGCACAGAUCAUGGCCAGGGGGGAGCAAUGGACAUGGUGCACAGAUUGCUGAUUCUGGAACAUCAGGUAAGAAUAUUUUUCAAUGAUCUUUCUGAUUAUGGAUUUUCAGGUAAAAGUAUUUUUUAAUAAUCCUUAGCAUUUCAGCAUUUUGGUAGUAAUUCAAAAUUUUCGUACAAAAUGUUUAUUCUGCAAUAAUCUUACAAUAUCUCCAUUAAAAGUUUUCUAAUUUAAUUAAUAUCAUGAUAUUUCAGGUGGUGGUGGUGGCGGGUUUUACUCCAGUGGAAGAAGUGGAAAGAAUUUCAAUGGCACCAAGGGAUAUGGAGGAGAGGGUGGUAAGGGAUUUCUGCAGGGAGGGGUGGGUGGGAGAUCACAGUAUCUCGAAGUCUAUGGUGGGUUUGGCGGAGGAGGUGGACCUAGUGGAUGGUGGGAUGAAGGAGGAGCAGGAGGAGGAGGAGGAUACUCUGGGGGAGGCAGUGGAAGUGAUUAUGUAUAUACCUGUGGGGGUGGUGGUGGAUCCUGCAAUGUUGGAAACAAUCAGCAGAAUGAAUGUUGUUACAAUAAGGCUGGUCAUGGUCAGGUGAUCAUCACAUUACUGUAG